UUCGGAGAUCAUACACCGAAAUCAUUUUUUCCUAGAAAUUGCUCAAUGAAUCAGCUCGCCGACCGACCGCCAACGGCCAGUGCAACUAUCACUGGCGCCGCUGUUGUCAGUCCGGACGCGAUCGUUUUCAAAAGAGGCAUUCGAAACGCAUCGAACCGAGCGAUCGAAAAUUCGAAAAGUUCCCAUUUACUGAAACAUCUGUUGGAGGCACGAAACUCGGAUGUUGCGAUUCUCGGGAAACGGAUAUGUGAUUCAUCCGGUUCUUCGCCAAUCGCGGUGACUACACGUUCCGAGGAGAUUUUUUGUGAUCAUUCAUACUUCGAUAAAAUAGGUUUCGGUUCGAGAGAACGCUUCCAGUUCGCUUCAGUACCAACCCGUGGAAGUGUUACGGAUAAACAUGGACCUAUGGGAAAUGGCAAUCGGGAUAGCUCUGAAGGAAAUAACGCGACAGAAAAGAACGACGAAAGGAAAUCGACCAGAAAAUCGAGGAAACUCAAUACCAGCGGUGGUACCUUCUAUGAAGUUUCCACUUCGAACAAGGACGAUUUCGUUGAUUUUCUCCGAGUGUCGUCAUUAUCGAAACGUUUUUAUCGCAGUGUUAGUGACAGCUCGUUUUCAGAAAAGACGCGCGAACAAAAAACGUGUUCUCCACUUAACAUCGAAUGUGCAGUAUAUGAUUAUUUUCCCGAUUUGUCAAGUGAACUGCCGACGGAAUCCAUGGAACCCAUCCUCGAAGAGACGGAAUUGUGUCAUAACCUCAAACUGCUAUCAGAUUCUAGCCAGGAAAGCGAUUCAGCAGAAAAUAUCAGUGACCGUGAUGUUAGUGCCAAUUUUCGAAAGGAUUUUACAGAUGCCGGAUCCUCAAAGAGCCUUUUAGUGACGAAGUGGCGGAAGGAUGACGAUAAAUGUGAGAGACGAAACGUGACUAGCCAAUCUACGGUUGAGGAUGAAGAAUUGAAUGAUGCAGAAACAAACGUGGAGGUCCCAUCGGAUCCUCUUGAAUGGUCUUCCCUUCACAUCGCAACAUGGUUGACGUGGUGCUCCCGGAAAUUUAGUCUGGCUCCAAAGCCGGAUCCCAGCCGGUUUCCAGAAUCCGGACAGGAACUCUGCAAUUUGACGAUGCAGGACUUCGAGAAUAUCGCAGAUAGUGAGAGGAGCGGAAAAAUUUUAGCAAAACAUAUAGCACAUUUGAGGCAUAGUAUUUCAGGGAGAGCCAGCAGUCCACUGAAUGUAGAAUGCAAAGUCUUUGAAGAUUCUGGAGACGAGGAAGAUAAGGAUCCAUACCAUAUCCUGAACUCGGCUUCGUCGCGAUUGGUCGCCCAGGGUUCAGGACAAAUACAACUGUGGCAGUUCUUGCUCGAGCUGCUCGGGGAUUCGUCAAAUGCUGCCUGUAUCGCCUGGGAGGGCACCAAUGGUGAAUUCAAACUCACCGAUCCGGACGAGGUGGCUAGGAGGUGGGGAGAACGGAAGUCGAAGCCGAACAUGAAUUACGACAAGCUGAGCAGGGCGCUGAGGUACUACUAUGACAAGAACAUAAUGUCGAAGGUACACGGCAAACGCUACGCUUACAAAUUCGACUUCCACGGUCUCAUGGCAGCUUGUCAAACUCAGGGACAAGGCCAAGCAGACGUUAUGCCGACAUACCACAAGUACCAACAACACCAGAAUGAUUUGGGUGCUGCUCUUUACCCCACUGCACCUCCUGCACCCCCGAAAUUACCUAGUAUCCUUCCCCCCACUACGCAACAUUCACAAAGUGGAUUCUUCUCUCCUCCAAGUUACUGGCCAUACUCUCACGGCAGUUUCGACCCAAGAGGCCCCUUUACAUAAUCCGGAACUGGAUUUGGACAUCGGUAUAAAAUAUUACAGCUACUUACAACUGAUUACACCGAAUUUCGCAUUCAACAAAACAGUACUUAGAAAUAAUUUCCCAUAUGAAAAUGAUAUGCUUCUUCAUCGUGGAAACUUAACAAUAUCUCUCAAAUAUUCGGCGGAUCAGUUGUAUAGAAUAUUCGAAAUACCUGAUACAGAAAAUUGAUCUGAGCAUUAUUUAGGUAUUUUACUCGGCGAUAUAUUUUGUAGUGAGGGUGCGGAAGAAAAAACUGAGUGUUGAAGUUUUACUGUUAUGAACAAGGUUUUUGUUCAAAUGUCGUUUUAGGCAUUUUAUUCAAGUUAUCAGUGAUAAUUAAUACUAUGUGUAUAUUUGAGUGAUAAAUUAUUUCCUUUUUUUUCAGAAAAAACUCUAUUUGAAGUGUACAAACAACUCUGAAUAGGUAUGCGGUUUUGAAAUUUGUGUACUUAUUUCGAACGAUUUUCUUAAGGAGUAUCGAAAAAGUGGUGUUCAAAGGUUUCUCUUUAUCAUCAAAAGGUUUUUACACUUAAAAUUAAUCUCCAACAAACAUUUUGAAUCGAAUCGAAAGUGUGCAAAUAAUUUUUCUAGUUUAUCUCUGUUUACUGCUAUUUAUUCACUCCAGUGAAGUUUUUUUUCCCGGAAUCAUUCUUAAAAAAGCAGUCCAUUUCCUUGAUUAGAAAAAAUUCAUUAUUUGAGUAAUUUGGAAGACCAAGCAUUUCUAUGCUAGAACCUCACCUCAUAUAAAACCUUCAACUAGGUAUUCAUUAUCACUAGGUAUAAUUUUACUUGCAGUCAACAUUAAAAGAUUAAAUAAAAUUCGAACUGUUAAAUGAGAUUUGGUGUAUUUCACAAUGUGAUUCAAAUACCUAUAUAGGUAUAUUUAAAAUCAUAAUUCCAAUAUAACCUACCGGAUGUGUACUUCAUGAGUCAAUAAACAACGUUGUUCUGAAAGAAGGAAGAAUUGUUUGAAGCUUGAGCUGAGCUUUUCAAAAAAUUUUUUAUUCAAUAAAAAAGUCCCGUUUAGGCAGUGUGGUACCUAUGUACAAGAAUAUGUUGUUGUAUGAAAAUUUUAAAUCACCUGGUUUCGUAUGCCCAGUUCGACACUACCAUAGUAAGGUGUCGGUUAGAAAAUUAGUGAAGAUUUUCCUCUAUUUCUUUUAUUUAAUUUUGGAAACCACGAUUUUAAAGAAUCUAUCACUUUUUAAGGCAUUUUCGCGUUUUCCGCAGUAAUCUGUUUGAAAACUACAUGUGCAAUAAAAAGUGAAAUUUAAAAUAAAGAUAUGCAAUCUUCGAUCAUGUUGGUUCUCGAUAUAAUUUUUCUAUCAGAAAACAAAAAUUCAAGAUAAAAGAAAAACCAGAAUAUGUAUUUCACACGAAAAACUCAUAUUAAGUACAAAAAAAUGUUUAAAAAACUUUUUGCUCUGUAUUGUUGUAUAAAUUAUAUUCCACAUUUAAUUGUUAAUUGUUCACUCUCAUAUACAAGGUCGAAGAUACUCAAAAUCCUACUUAUUCACCAAUCACAUAUAUGGGUAGGGGGUAGCUACUUACCUAUUAUGAGGUGAGGCAGAGCAACUUGCUUAUUUUUAAAAAUGAAUGCAAAUAUGCAAUAUGUUAUAUUUACUAUGUUUCAAAUACACUACAGGGAGGUAUGUGCUGAUCUUCUUCUGAAUAUGACUGAAUGUGUAAAAGAUUAUUGGUUCGUAUUAUGGAAAAAUUUUCUUUCUUCGCCUUUGAAAGAAUUCAGAAAUUUUAUAUUUUGGAGGGGUAAUUACCUCCAGUACCCCCUAUUUCUACGCCUUUGCUAUAUUUGUACCCUUAGACCUUCACCCUUUUACGAGCAGCCGUCGCACCAGAGCGCCAAAAUCAAAUAAGCAAGUUAUUCUGCCGAAGCAUGUAAAAUGAUAUUUUCUUGUGAACAUAUUUUUUGUUAACUCCGUAACAAUUUUAACAUUCUUAGGGAUGUAUGAAUUUACUGUUUUGUUUUGAAGUUUUGUUAAUAAAAUAUU